UUGGGAAGAGAAUCUUUCUGUGUGUUUCCCAGUGGUUAAGUUGGUGCGAUGAAGGAAGUGGUGUAGGACGAAAAAUCUCACGUGCAUAGGUCUGUAGCUUUUUGUUUGUGUGGACUAUCCAUCCACUUUUACGAUUUCAACCUAAAAGGGAAAUUCUUCUUCUUAAAGUUCAUCAUCAUAAAAAGGUUACUUUGUUUCCACCAUUACCACUGCCCCUGCUUUAGCCUUUGCUAAAACCAUCAUCUAAUCAUUCUCUCUCUCUCUUUUUCUUCUCAUUUUUUCUUUCUUCACUCCAACAAACAAACUCCUGUCUCUUUUUAGAACCACACUUUCCCACUUUAACAACAACAAUGGCCCUAGAGGCCGUGGUUUUCCCGCAAGAUCCUUUCAGUUACCCUUGCAACAAAGACUACUUCUACUCGCUUUUGCAAAACAAUUUUCAAGAAGCAGAAAACAAAGCCUUUCUCGGCAUCAUCACCAACAACAUAGACCACACUCUGCAUGCAAAUUGGGAUUCUUCUUCUCCUUCAGCUUUGCAAAAUAUCAAAGACCAAUGGGACUCACACUCCUCCCCUGAACCCUGCACCGUCGAUCAAUCUCUCCCCGCCGCCUUUCCUCCUCCUCCUCCUCCCUCCGAACCCACCCCCGCCCGCCGCAAACGCCGCCGCACCAAGACCACCAAGAACAAGGAGGAGAUCGAGAAUCAAAGAAUGACCCACAUUGCAGUUGAACGCAAUCGAAGAAAACAGAUGAACGAGUACCUCGCCGUUCUAAGAUCCCUGAUGCCACCCUCUUAUGUCCAAAGGGGUGAUCAAGCAUCUAUUAUUGGUGGCGCCAUCAACUUCGUGAAGGAGCUGGAGCAGCUUCUGCAGUGCAUGAAGGGGCAGCAGAGAAUGAAGGAAAAUGGCGGUGGCUUCUCUGACUCAUCAUCACCCUUUGCGGAGUUCUUCAUGUUCCCUCAGUACUCGACACGUGCGACACAGAACGGCAGAGGGUACCCUAGCACGUGCGAAGCACGGAGCCAUUCAUGGGCCGUGGCAGACAUAGAAGUGACCCUUGUGGAUGGCCAUGCCAACAUAAAGAUACUCUCCAAGAAACAACCGGGUUUGCUUCUGAAGAUGGUUGUUGGCCUUCAAACUCUCGCCUUCACGAUUCUCCACCUUAACGUUACCACUGUCGACGAUAUGGUCCUCACCUCGGUUAGUGUUAAGGUAGAGGAAGGGUGUCAGAUGAACACAGUGGAGGAAAUAGCAGGUGCGGUGCAUGAAUUAUCCCGCAGGAUUGAGGAGGAAGGUGUUUUGAGGUGAUGAUUAUUAAAGAUGGAAAUGGUAAAAGCGUAGCUAAUGCAGGUUGUUUUAUGAAUAAUUGUGCAAACCUUGGUGAAAUGCGUUGGAGUUUGCAGAGUGACCCGUGAAGAAAUAUAGCAGAAGGGAUAGCGUUGUUGUACAUGCAUCAGUGUGAAGGUCAUAAAUAAGCUAGGAGAUGCUAAUUAAAGCAUAGGUUUCUCACUCUUUUCUGAUUUCAUAUUUUUUUCCUCUUUAAUGUCAUUCUCCCACCUUCAAGAACUUGGCCAAAGAAGGGAAAAGGGGGUUGGAAGCGACAAGCAAUUUAUGCCGUGGAGGCCCCUCAGAGAAGUGUGUGUGAAUUAUUAGCGUUAUUUUUAGAGCAUGAGCAUCGUUAAUUUGCUUGGAAUGUCUGUGGACCUCUUUGCAAUUAUUUUGCACUGUAGAAGAUUUGGAUAUUAAAUAAUGAAUAAUAUUCCGUGAUGGGAGUUGAAAACACGCAUUUGAAGAGGGGGAAAACAAAAGGAAUGAUAUGCCUUAAAAAGAAGGAAUGGAAGUUGAUCACGAUGCAGUGUACCUAGAAAUAAAAGAUGAAGAUCUACGGUGGAAAUAAUAGGCAUCUACCAUUAUUAGUAUAUGCGCCUAGUGUAUAAUUGUAUACCAUGAUUUUCGUUGUCCUUCUUUCCACCAAACCCGAUAUCAGAUCACUCUUCUAAAAAUUGACCUUUCCAUCGCGUGUUUGACUCUACGGAUCAUAAGUGAUAUGUAAAGAUCAUGUUCUCGCUCAUCAGAAUACGUAUACUAAACAAUACUCUCCACCUUUGCUAUUUCUUACCACAACAUUUCAUUUUUUAUUUUAAAUUAUAAUACAUCAGUUAAUUUGUAAAA